AUGGCACUCAAAAAAGGCAAAGGUGGCUCCACGAAACCGAAGAAGAGGAACAAGUUAAGGAACAUCAUCGAGGAUGAUUACAGCUCGGACAUGAGCGUAACUGCAGUCGGGGAACCCGACUACAAUGAAGUCUUUGAGGUUGAAAAAAUUGUCAUGGCAAGGUACAAAUUAAACGUAAAGAGAAAAAAAAAUAAAAAAGAAGAAAGUCUUGACAAUUUUGAAUUCUUUAUAAAAUGGAAAAAUUACGACAGUGAUGAUAAUACGUGGGAACCCUUCGAAAAUUUAAGCUCCACAUUGAAAGGUCAAGCAAGAAAAGCAGCACUCAAAUUGACAGAAGAAUUGGAACUUGCAAAUGGCAAUGGAACCAGUCCCAUGUCCAGCAUUGGUAAUACUGCUGACGCCUCCUUAGCGGUGCUAGAAAACCCAGGCAAUAAUACAAAUGCAUUAAACGGAAUGGGCAGCAGCACCGUGCUCCCAAUGAGUACUAUGAACGGGAUCUCUGUCAACAAAAUCAGCACCAGGAAAAAGGCCAUCAUGGACACGAAUCCAACAGGAUUGGCAGAUGAAGAACAGAAUAUGAACGAAGGAACAUUGGUGCAGAAUAGUAUAUUAAACGAAAUAAAUUCCACAAAUUAUCAUUCCAAUGAUUGCUUCCCCAGAAGUAUCAUGGACGAUCAUGCACCAGAUGAUGAGGAUGAUUUUAUAAAAAAUGAUACACUCUUUAGAAAUAUGAACACGAAUGUAAAUCUAAGCAACAAUAUAAAUGACCAUUACGAGAAAAACGAGGCAAAUUUUGGUCACAGAAAAAAAUUGGGUAACAUAAAGAGCAUCCUUUGUAUAUCCAAUCGAAUUAACAACAUUGCAAUUUCAAAUAAAAAUGAAAAUAUAAAUGAUCACGCAAAAAAUAACAUACUGGAACGCCUUGAUAAUAAUUAUUAUAUCAGACAAAAACAUAAAUUUAAAGCAAUUUUGCAGAAUAAUAAAAACCUGCUGUCCCAUUUUAUCAACAGCAGAAGCCGGGACAUCAGUAAUGAAACGGGCAAAAGUAGAAGGAGUAAUGAUAUGAAUAUCUUUAAUCAUUUAGAAAGUAAUUGUGACGAGUACAACAGCAACAUGCAUCACUAUCCCUAUAUCUCCCACAGCCAUAGCCAUGGCCCACCAAGCCACGGUCAGCUUCAUGGUCCAAUGUCCGGCCGCAUGUCUAGCCGAAUGUCCAGCAGAAUGUCCAGCCGAAUGUCCAGCCGAAUGUCUAACCGAAUGUCUACCCGAAUGUCCAACCGAAUGUCUAACCGAAUGCAAGGUCAGACGCACACCCAUAAUCUGCGCUACACACGCGCACAGGACGAUCCAAGUAACAUGCCAGCGGAGACUUAUAAGAACCCAAAUGGAAUCAGCUUUUCAGAAAAUGUCACCAAUGAUGAUACUUAUAUGUACUGGAAAACCAGGGACAAGAGAAAGUAUGAGUCCAUCAACAUGGGCUACAGUAACAACUGCGCAGGUGCAAGCAGCAGAAUGGGCAAUGGGGAUGUGCCCUUCAGCUUCGACAGCAGAGGUUUGAAGAAAUUCAAUCGCAGCAGUAACAAUGGAAGUAGUACCCACGGUAGUAGUAACCGUGGAGGAAGCAAUAACGGCAGUAUAAAUCAUAGCAGUAGCAACCACAGCGGUAGCAAUCACAUAGGUAUCAACCACAUAGGUAGUAACAAUGACGCUACCAACAACAACAACAGUAAUAAUAAUGGAGGCGCCAACAGCAACGUCGUGGACCACUCGUAUGAGGAUGAAUUUUUACCCAAAAGGUGCACCAAUUCGUCCAGCUCUUCCGAACGAGUAUUCAUCACGGAGGAUAUGUUUGAUCAGUUUGGAAGGGAUCACACUUUUGAAAGAUGCAAGGAACAGGUAGAUGUAGAGGAACAAGAAUCAUUUAGAAAUAACAAAACGAGAAAGAGUUACCCCAAAAUGCUUACAUCUGAUGGAAGGCAUAAUGACAAGGACACGUUCUACGUGGACGAUUUUUAUAGCAACAACAACAACCAACAAUACAUUAUAAUGAAGAAUGAGCUCAUGGAUGAGGAGAAUAUGAGCCCCAACGAGAAAGGAAAUUUUCUCGCUGCUCAUUUUAAUAGUGCCAAAGGGUUACACAGCGAAAAGGUUAGCAACAGCAGUCGUAGCAGCACCAGUUGCAUGAACAACAGUAUCGCAAUAUUUACUCCUCCACAACAAUACAACAAAACUAAUCAUACAAAAAAGAAAAAAAUAAACGGAAAAAUGAAAAUAGACCAUCGGGAAAACUAUGUCAACCAUAUCACUAGCAGCAGCGUCUGCGCCGGAAACGUAGCCGCAGGUAAUAGUAACGUCACAGAAAAUAUGAAUGGAAGCGCUAACGCAAAUAACUGCCUAAACAAACUCAACGUCGGAGAAAACAACAACAGUAACAACAAUAAUAAUAAUAAUAAUAACAACAAUAAUAAUAACAACAGCAAUAAUAAUAAUACCUGCAUUAUAUACCACAACAAUACAAAUUACAUCACCAUCAACAACCACAAUAAGAAACCGCUCUACAAAAAUAAGUCUCCAUCCAAACUAUCAACAGGAGAUGUUUCUAAAAAAAAAGCUAGCACUUAUAAAAAGAGCUUGAAGAAGUAUGCCAAAAACGGAAUAAACACGCAUGUCCACGCCUUAAACAUGCAUAGGCUCAACGGUAUGAAUGGUGUUACUGAGAAAACGGGCACCUAUGGCGACUAUGAAGACGAGCCAAACGCAAGAGAAAUUUUUUACAGCAAAAAAUAUGCAACGGACAAUAUCAGCUUCUACAGGGAUGAUAGAAUGCACUUCGAGCAACUUACAGGGAAAAAGGCAAAAACGUCAUUCAUGCAACAAAAUGAUUAUGCUCAUCCUAGUACCGACUACGUUCACGUGAUGGACAGGAGCAAGGGGGCACCAGAUACCAGCGCUGGACAUGUGGGUGCAAGCAGCGUACGAAGCGGAAGUAACAGCCUUAGUGGAGGCAACUACCAGGGAAGGUACAGCAACAGAGUAGACGAACACACAUUCGAGGGUUACGAUCCGUACCUCCCCAACGGACUGCACGACAUGAACUCCCCCUACGAAAUGUACAUGAGUGAACGAAGCGACAGAAUGGGUAGCAUACCCGAAGAUACAAAAGGUCAACAACACGACUGCCACUACAACCAGGAAGAGGACAAAAAGGAAAAUGGGUACCUAAAAAAUAAUAUAAACUUUAUGCCCGACAAGGAAUACCAAAAUGGGUAUCAAAAGCAGUACGAACAGGAAGAAAACACCACGGAGAGGCUGGGCAGAAAGAGCGCCAUCAACUGCAUUCAAGACGACGUAAACAAAGAAUCACAAAAAAACGCUACUGCAAAUGACAUGCUCAGGAACAUAUUUAACACCUCAGAUAAUUACACGUCGGACGACAUCCCCAAUACACAUAACACCGAGUAUGAAGAAAAUGAACAGGGAGCUCCCAACAAGAGAAAUUACCCAGCGAAAGAAAAAAUUCUCGGAAUCAAUUCCUACCAAAGAGGUGCAGAUGAUAAAAUGAAGGAUUGUAACACCAGCCAAAUGUCCAGUAAUGCCAAUUCGGAUCGUAAAAAAAGCUUACACAAAAAGAAUCACUCUGAGCUGUAUGGAGUCACGGAAGAAAAAUAUUCUGUCAACCAGUUUGCACCGCAGGAUGUCAAAUGCUUUGACCAGGUGAACAAUGACGACAAGGGAAAUGAUGCGAUUAGCUCCGUUGAGUAUGCUGAUGCCUCAUCUGUGGGGAAAUGCGAUAUGGUCAUGGCGCACAGCAAGAGUGCCAAAAGCCAUGUUAAAAAUAAGGAUAACAUAAAAGAAGACGAAGAAAUACUUGAAUAUGUUAGAAACGUGUUCAACAAAAACAGGUCGUGUGCUAGCGGAAGCGAAAGUGUUAGCAGCAGCGUACAUGGCAAAAAGGAUAAUUCAAAUGGCUACCCAAUAAACAUUGCUCAAUCGGAACAAUUGGAAAACACAGAAUCUGUUAAAAAAAUUAAGCACACCGAUUCGGAUACCCCAAACACAAAAGGAGGUGAGGAAGGCAAGAAGAAGAAAAAGAAGAAGAAUAAGAAGAAAAAAAAAACAUAUGUGAUUAGCAGUUCGCUUGAUGUCAGCAACGAUAUGAAACACAACUUGCAGCAAACAAAAGGCAGCGAGUUGUUUUCACACGACCCGCAAGUGAUGAAUAAUCAUAAGGGAAAAUACACUUCGAGCGACACCUCAAACAGGGUGAACAGCGCGACAAAUGUAGGCUACUACAUGAGAGCGCACCCCAGGAGGGUGAACCACCGCUCAUUUGGACCCUACGACCGUGGCAUUAGCAACAUGCAUGAUGCAACCGACAGCGCCGUUGGAAGUUUUCCUGGUACCCUUUCAGGAAACGGUUUCCAAGACGCCGAUAUGAUAAUAAAUAUUAAAGACGUGUUGAACACGGAAAAUGAAAAGUGCGAUUACUACAUCAACUUCUUCGAAAACGUGUUGAGCGCGCUAAAGCAAAAGCGGUCAUGCCAAGCAAACGAGAGGGAUUUGAUAAACCAACUCAAGUUCAAAGUCGCGUCCCCACAAACCAUGGGCAUUGUGAACAGGUCCCGAAAUUUCUCGCACAACAAUGUGCAGCAUCUCUCUGAGGAUAAACAAAUGGCCAUGUACAAUCAUAGAAAAAUGAAUAAUACAUAUAGCAUCUACGACAUGGGAAAUUUUGCAACGUAUCCACAGAAGUUUUUUUCUGAAAACGCAUUUCAGGAUCCUAACGAUCGGAACCAUAUGCAACUGAAACAUAUUUUCUACCCUUGUAACAGCAGCAACUGUAGUAGUAGCAGUUGCGCCCCGUUUAAGGCUAACCACGUUCUUCAUGCGCAGGAGGCGAACGGGCUAAAUGUACAUUAUGCCCACUUUGGAAACAGACCGAACUCGGAGAGAAAAACAAAUGGAGACAAAAAAGUUACCACAUCCAACAUGAGCAAAAAAUACGACAAAAAGAAAAAAAAAAAACAUGUAUAUGAGCUUAUUGAAUCGAAUGUGAAUCCAGGCAGCAAAAUGGGAGCAGCCACAAAAACGGAUGCGCAACAUAUGAACCAUGCAACGGAACCCAAAUCUGUACACAAGCUCUCUAACCAAAGUAGGAGCAACAGCACCAUGAACGGUGCAGAAAAUGUUGAACCCAAAGUGAAGUACGCAAAAUUAGAAGCCUUGAACAUACCCAUUGUCAAAAUGAAUUACAUGGAGAGAUACAUCGAGUAUAGCGAAUCCAUCGACAAGCUAGCCAUGAACAACAUAGAUGCACUCAUAAAAAAUAUGAACGUAAUAAAUUUCUACAACGGAAAAAAUAAAAACAGCAUUAAUUUUAUUAAAGGAAAUUUCCAAGUACACCUCUUAGAAUCUUACACCAAUAUUUUUCUCUACUUUGAUAUAUUUAGCGAUUUCAGAAAUUAUAAUUUUAUUUUUAAAAAUUGCGAGUUUAUUAAUAUUCUUCUCGAUUAUGUGUGCGAUACAAAAACGGAAAGCAGAAAUUUCAGCUCAGAUAAUUCGCUCAACGAACUGGCAAAAAAUAUUCUUUUGUUUGAUGAAAUUUUUAAACUGAAUAAUAAAUUAAAUGAAUUCUUUAAGGAUAUUUUUUUGUCUAUAAAUUUAAAACCAAAUUUAUUCUUCUUUCCUUCUCCUGAUUAUUUUGAGCGAUUUUAUCUCCACCUCGGUGCCAAAACGGAAGCUGCAGCAGAGCAGGCGGGUCAAUGGGAAGAGGCAGAUCGAGAUAGCGCAGAGGCUCACCAUGAUAUAAACUCAGAGAAAAAUCACACGUACGGACACACCGACAGUAGUAACGCUUGGGAGGAUUCAGCAGCGAAUGGCAUAGGACAGGAAGAAGUUAGCGAAGAAGUAACACAAGAAAUAAGCAACGAGCCCAACAACGACGCACGGGUAACCCCAGAACUAACCGCUUCCUCCUGUCAGGAAAAAAACAGCGCACAAAGUAGAGAAGUACAAGAUGAAGCGCCAUUUGCGUAUUUAAUGCAUUUUUCCAAACCAACUAAUGAAUCACUUGUCCUGUGGGAAAGUAAUAAUGAAAAUGAAGUAGAGAGCAAUCAUCACGACGAUGAUAAGAAGCACGCACCAAAUGAUAAAGCGCAUGAAAGCGACCUCGGAGUGAAGGCAGAGGCCUAUGCUAUAGUGCACAGUGAUGACCCAGUAGUAGAAAAAGAAUCAAACGAAGAUUCAAACGUGCCUUCGCAUGCAGUUACAACGGACAAUGAAUCCUACCUAAUGAUUGACGACAUCCAUGCUGGUGAGUUAAAUUCGCCAAGCACCACACAACGAAUGAAUAAUUGUGUGUAUAUCGAUUCGAACAGUCAGCUAGAAUGCAUCCCCAACAGCUCCAACGACGAAGUAGAUGGUUCAUCCGUGCAGAAAAAUAACCUCAGUUGGGACGAAAAUUCGAAAGAAGUUACAGAAGAUACUCUUAACCAGGACACACAUUUAGAAUCCAUGUGGGAUACGAAAAAUAAAAACCAUGUCGAGGGUAACCAUGUGGAAGGUAACCAAUCCGAUGGAGUACUUGCACUAUAUGGUAGCAAAGAAGAAAGGCACAAAAAUGAAAAUACACAUUUUCUGUUGGCAUUAACUAUAGGAGAGGGUGAAGGAGGACCAAAUAGAAAGACAGAAGAAAAGGAAUCCUCGCAAAGUGAUGCCCUCAAUGAGAACAGCGAGGGUGAUAUUAUGCUUAACAAGGAUGAGGAAGAUGGAAAAAACGAUCUCAUUGGGGAGACCGUAGAAAAGGCAAUGAACGAUCAAAUUAAUGAACGCAACUGUAGCAACACUAGUGCAGACACCAAGAGCAGCGCCAUUGUGAACAUCAGUGGAGCGAAAAAUGUCUGCAUUGAUAAUACGCAUGCGAAAGCCUGCCUCACCAAUGACACUGUUAAUGACGAUUGUAGUGACAAUAAUAAUGACAGUAAUAACAACUCUGGGUGCGGAAUCUUCAAUGACGACUCCAACAGUGCCCAAGGGAGCGGCAGUGAUAAUGAUAAGCAUGGUGAAAAGAACGACAUCAGUAAGGACAAGGCCAAAGACAGUGCCAAGAGCAGCAGCAAGAACGACGCCCUCUUCAAACAGAAUGAGGAUAUCUUAGAUGAAGAUGACAGUCAGAGCGACAUCCCCCUCAUUUCUCUUCUCAAAGCGUGA